UGCAAACUGUUUUAACAGUGCUGUACAGGCAUCUUCUAAGAAGAACUCUAAAGAAACAGUAAUACCACUAAGUGGCUAUACACAAAAUGCUUUCAGUGAGAAGUCUGGUGAAAAUAGCUGUCUUCAUACUUCUUUAUGUCCUCUGCUUUUCAUCACAAUCUGAAGGAAGACCACUUAGGAAAAGAUCAGUGAGUGAAAUGCAGCUGAUGCACAACCUUGGGGAACACAGACUCGUCCAGGAGAGGCAAGAUUGGCUUCAAAUGAAACUGAAGGAUGUCCACACCGCUUCUCUGAGAAACAAUGUAGAAAGAGGCAGAACAAGGAGGCUGCUACCCGAAGAGUUCCCGGAGCUGGAGGAGCUGACAGACGAGGAACGACAGUAUAUUCAAAAGCUAUUAGAAAUGCUUUUAAACCCACAGUAAAAGACAGAGUAUUGUCAAUUUCGAGAUCUGACUGCAACAAUGCUGCUCUGACUAAAGGUUUAACUGUUUUACAAUAGAUAUUUUGGAAAAAUGUUAAUUUAAUUUUACAAACCACCUGGUACUGUAUUCAUAAACGAUUUCAACGAUUGCUUCAUUAUUGAAUACUUUUGCAUGACCUAUAUUUCUCAAAGAGCACUUUUUUUUUUUUUUUUUACUAUUUAUUUCAUGUAAUUUAUGAUUUGCAUAAUGUAUUUUUUUUAAAGAAAGGACUAUUUUCUACUAGUUAAUGUUAUUUAUUAUGAACAACAAGGUAAAC